UUCUGGAAGGGGUUGCGACCUGGUGGGAGGCAGCAGAAAGCGGGAGGACGGGGGGCGAGGUAUGGGCAAUGCGUGUCCUGCCUGGGUCUCUUCUCCCCCCCCACACACAUUCACCCACCGUGGGAAGUUUCUUUCCCAGCAGGAAAACGUCCUCCUUCCCUCCUGCUUCGCUGGGGCUCGCUUAACCACUAAGAUGGGACCAGGACACCCCCCUCUUCACCCCAAAGAGAAACUACUUUGGCAAAUACAGGAAGAACCCAAUACAAACUAGUCUGACUCAGCUGCAGCUACAACGGACACUGGUUACAAAGAAUCCAAGUCCAAAUGCAGAACUGGUAACAGCAAUUAGGACUGGCAAGACUAGAACAGAAACACUAAAAGGCUCCUUCAGGCACUCCCUGUGCUAUUCCUAUCUGAAGGUGUCAGAACCCAGCCAGGGGCUGCCCCACUUCCUCUCCAUGGUCCACCUGGAUGACCAGCCCAUCGCUCGCUUUGGCAACCACACCAGGAAGAUGGAACCUCUGGUGCCCUGGAUGGAGAUGGAGGAGACAAAGAUCUUUGUGGCUCCUGAAUGGGUGCUCAGGGCUGACCUGGAGAUGUUAUCAAACUUCAACCACCAGACUAGAGGGCCUCACACCUGGCAGGCAAUUUUGGGCUGUGAGCUCUGGGAAGACGGGAGCCAAAGAGGGUUUUUGCACUAUGGCUACGACGGGAGUGACUUCAUCAGCUUCGACAAGGAGACGCUCAGAUGGGUGGCAGCUCAGCCGCAGGCCGAGAAGGUCAAGGAGAAGUGGGAGGAGAAUCCAGGAUGCUCCCAGAGAAACAAAUUCUUCCUGGAGAAGACCUGCAUUGAGUGGCUGCAGAGGAAGCUGUCCUACAAAAAUGAGGCUCUGCAGAGGACAGAGCCCCCAGUGGGGAAGGUGACUCGUAAGGUGGUUGAUGACAGCCUGGAGGUCCUCAUCUGCCAGGCCUUUGGCUUCUACCCCAAGGAGAUCCAGGCCACCUGGACCAGGGACGGAGAGGCCUGCGUGUACGAGACCCUCCCUAGGAACGUGGCCCCCAACUCAGAUGGCACCUAUUAUGUCUGGCUCAGCAUUGAGAUCGACCCCAAGAAGAGGGACCAUUUUCGUUGUCACCUGGAGCACCAGGGCUUGCAGGAGCCCCUGAUCUUGGCCUGGAAGGAGGAAACAGAUAUAUAUGUUGUGGCAUUUCCGUUGAUCAUCUUGAUACUUAUGACUGUUUUCCUAAUCUUAUUAGGCCACUGGCUGAGAAGCAGAAAAAAAUUGCAUCAGGAUGUGACAACUUCCUCUGAUGACAGUGAUCUAGAAAUGCAUCCUUCUGUCCCAAUUUACGGCACAGAAGAUAAGAUUCAACCGCAGGCGAUGCUCCAGCCCAAAACUGCAUCGGAGCACAAGGUAUCCUGUGGAGGGCAGUGGCCCCCGAAGUCUCCCAGAGCUACUGGACGAACAUUUCACAGGCCGAGAAAUGUUGCCCCAAAGAAGAUGAGAUCUUCCAGAUUAGACAUGAUUAGACAAGAUGCCUUCUCCACGGGCAACCUGGAAUUAAAGAGAAACUUCCUGACAGUGAGGACAAUCAACCAGCUUGCCCCCAGAAAUUGUGGGUGCUCCAUCACUGGAAAUGUUUAAGAAGAGACUGGACAGUCACUUGUCUGAAAUGGUAUAGGUCAGUGGUGGCGAACCUAGAGCAUGCGUGCCAGAAGUGGCUUUCAGAGCCCUCUCUGUGGGCACACAUGCCAUCGCCCCAGCCCCGCCACCCCCCAUGGCCUCCUCCUCACCAGGAGCUCCCCCCAUAGGAGAGUCAUCCUGGACGCAGUCUCCACGGAGCAGUGCAGCCCAGGAGAUGGCAACCAGGCAGUGGGGACAAGACUCCGCUCUCGCGCCCCAUCACGUGCAGAUGAUGCUGCAGGGCGCAGACAGAGGGCGUGCCCGGCAUGACACUCCUGGGCCUCCUGGGCGAUCUGCUGUGGUGGGCUGUGGAGGCAGUGGGUGGCCCUGUGGGCAGGAGAGGCAGGGGUAGGGCAGGGGUGAGGCGGUUUUGGGCAUUCGGUCUCUAAAAGUUCGCCAUCACUGGUAUAGGUUCUUCUGCUUGAGCAGGGAGCUGGACUAGAAGACCUCUCCUUAUUUUAAGGGGCCCAUCCCAUCAGACCGGAUAGGGUAGGGACAUUAUAGGUCUCUUCCAUUAAGCAUUGGCCCCUUGUGGACCCUGAGAAACAGGACUUUUCACGUACAGCCCCUGCCCUAUGGAAGAUUCCCCACAGGGGGAUGCCCUUUUAAUGUUCCCUGGGGAACAUGUGACUUGUCUGUUACCACAAAACCCUGGAUAGAGUGAGGACAGAAUGAGAAGAGGUGUGGUCAUUUUUCUAUUUUAGGUCACAUUAUUGACCUAAAGCUAUUUUCCAAGGCGCCUGAAGGCAGGACAAGAAGCAACAGAUGGAAACUAAUCAAGGAGAGAAGCAACCUAGAACUAAGGAGAAACUU